GGCCGACCAAAGGCUCCGCCCCUAACAUGGCCGCUCCCAGCGUUCUCGUUUGUGGCAGAUCCACCGCCCGUCAUGUGACGCGAGCCCUCGUCCCACCCGUCUGCAGCCAUUCCACUUCUGGUCCCCACGCUCGGGAGGGCCACGUGACCCUCCGGGGGCCUGUCACGGGGUCCUUGUGCUGUUGCUGCAGGUGGUGCUGCUGUUGCGGUGAGCGUGAGACCCGUACCCCGGAGGAGCUGACCAUCCUUGGAGAAACCCAGGAGGAGGAGGAUGAGAUCCUUCCAAGGAAAGACUAUGAGAGUUUGGAUUAUGACCGCUGCAUCAAUGACCCUUACCUGGAAGUCUUGGAGACUGUGGAUCAUAAGAAAAGUCGCAGGUACGAGGCGGUGAAGUGGAUGGUGGUGUUCGCCAUUGGCGUCUGCACGGGUCUGGUGGGUCUCUUUGUGGAUUUCUUUGUGCGCCUCUUCACCCAGCUCAAGUUUGGAGUGGUACAGACGUCGGUGGAAGAAUGCAGCCGAAAAGGGUGCCUCGCCCUGUCCCUCCUCGAACUCUUGGGUUUCAACUUGAUCUUUGUCUUCUUGGGGAGCCUGCUCGUCCUAAUUGAGCCAGUGGCAGCAGGUUCCGGGAUACCCGAGAUCAAAUGCUACCUGAAUGGUGUGAAGGUGCCCGGAAUUGUGCGUCUGCGGACCCUGCUCUGCAAAGCUUUCGGCGUGUUGUUCAGUGUGGCUGGAGGGCUUUUCGUGGGAAAGGAAGGCCCCAUGAUCCACAGCGGCGCAGUGGUGGGCGCUGGCCUCCCUCAGUUUCAGAGCAUCUCCUUCCGGAAGAUCCAGGUGAACUUCCCCUAUUUCCGAAGUGACAGAGACAAGCGAGACUUUGUAUCUGCAGGGGCAGCCGCGGGCGUCGCCGCAGCUUUCGGGGCUCCCAUCGGGGGCACCUUGUUCAGCCUGGAGGAGGGCUCGUCCUUCUGGAACCAAGGGCUCACGUGGAAAGUGCUCUUCUGCUCCAUGUCGGCCACCUUCACCCUCAACUUCUUUCGUUCUGGGAUUCAGUUUGGAAGCUGGGGCUCCUUCCAUCUCCCCGGGCUGCUGAGCUUCGGCGAGUUUAAGUGCUCUGACUCUGAUAAAAAAUGUCACCUCUGGACAGCUGUGGAUUUGGGUUUCUUCAUCGUGAUGGGGGUCAUUGGGGGCCUCCUGGGAGCCACAUUCAACUGUCUGAACAAGAGGCUUGCAAAGUACCGUAUGCGGAACGUGCACCCGAAACCUAAGCUCGUCAGAGUCCUAGAGAGCCUCCUGGUGUCCCUGGUGACCACCGCGGUGGUGUUCGUGGCCUCGAUGGUGUUAGGGGAAUGCCGGCAGAUGUCGUCUUCCAGUCAGCUCGGGAAUGACUCGUCCCUGCUCCAGGUCACAUCAGAAGAUGUGAAUUCAAGCGUCAAGACCUUUUUUUGUCCCAAUGAGACCUACAAUGACAUGGCCACGCUCUUCUUCAACCCCCAGGAGUCUGCCAUCCUGCAGCUCUUCCACCAGGACGGCACCUUCAGCCCCGUCACCCUGGCUCUGUUCUUCGUCCUCUACUUCCUGCUUGCGUGUUGGACUUACGGCAUUUCUGUCCCAAGCGGUCUCUUUGUGCCUUCUCUGCUGUGUGGAGCUGCUUUUGGACGUUUGGUUGCCAAUGUCCUCAAAAGCUACAUUGGCUUGGGCCACAUCUAUUCGGGGACCUUUGCCCUGAUCGGUGCCGCGGCUUUCUUGGGCGGGGUCGUCCGGAUGACCAUCAGUCUCACGGUCAUCCUGAUCGAAUCUACCAACGAGAUCACUUACGGGCUUCCCAUCAUGGUCACUCUGAUGGUAGCCAAGUGGACAGGGGACUUCUUCAAUAAGGGCAUCUAUGACAUCCAUGUGGGCCUGCGAGGGGUGCCGCUUCUGGAAUGGGAGACAGAGGCAGAGAUGGACAGGCUGAGAGCCAGCGACAUCAUGGAGCCCAACCUGACCUACGUGUACCCGCACACCCGCAUCCAGUCUCUGGUCAGCAUCCUGCGCACCACGGUCCACCACGCCUUCCCUGUGGUCACCGAGAACCGGGGCAAUGAGAAGGAGUUCAUGAAAGGCAACCAGCUCAUCAGCAACAACAUCAAGUUCAAGAAAUCCAGCAUCCUCACCCGAGCCGGUGAGCAGCGCCGACGCAGCCAGUCCAUGAAGUCCUACCCGUCGAGUGAGCUGCGGAACAUGUGUGACGAGCACGUGACCUCGGAGGAGCCAGCGGAGAAGGAGGACCUGCUGCAGCAGAUGCUGGAGCGCAGAUACACUCCCUACCCCAACCUAUACCCUGACCAGUCCCCAAGUGAAGACUGGACCAUGGAGGAACGCUUCCGCCCUCUGACCUUCCACGGCCUAAUCCUCCGGUCGCAGCUUGUCACCCUGCUCGUCCGAGGAGUUUGCUAUUCCGAAAGUCAGUCGAGCGCCAGCCAGCCGCGCCUGUCCUAUGCCGAGAUGGCCGAGGACUACCCCCGGUACCCUGACAUCCAUGACCUGGACCUGACCCUGCUGAACCCCCGGAUGAUUGUGGAUGUCACCCCGUACAUGAACCCGUCCCCCUUCACUGUUUCACCUAACACCAGCGUCUCCCAAGUUUUCAACCUGUUCCGGACGAUGGGGCUGCGGCACUUGCCGGUGGUGAAUGCCGUGGGAGAGAUCGUUGGCAUCGUCACCCGACACAACCUGACGUACGAGUUCCUGCAGGCCCGCCUGCGGCAGCACUACCAGACCAUCUGAGGGCCCGGCUCGGCCUCACGCCUCGGGCCAGCCCUCCUGCUCCCGGGGCUCCCUGGGGAGACAGCCGCUCUGUCCCCCGCCGCAGCAGGUGGGGGCCGUUCCAGGGCUCAGCGCAUCCCCAGUCACCCCCUCACUCGGAAAGCCUGCAGUCAUCAAACACUGUCGUGGUCGGAGAUCCCAGGGACGGUGUUAACCCCCAGGGUGGGCCUCGUGUGCUGUGCUCAGCGGUACCUUCCCGGGUCCCGCUCCCCGAGGCCCCCAUCCAGUGUCCACACAGGUUGCAGCCCUUCCACCCCACGAAUGCCGGGGCCAGAGCAGGCGGGCGGCGAGCCUCGCUGGAGGGGGGCCCCAGAGCAUUGUUCCUGCCCCUUACUGCUUUCCUGGGGAACCCCGCUGUUGCCUUAAACUGUGAUGGGAGGGGCUGUGGCCCAGGCAGAUACUGGGGGGAAUCAGUUGCAGAUUAAGUGAAUUACUAAAUUCAGGAACUGGGCAUUGAGGAAACAGCCUUUUGUCCGGAGGCCUUCCUGCGCAGGGCCUCUCGGCUCAAUACCUGUUAAUCUGAGGGGACCUGCUCUGCUUCUGGGGUGUGAGCUGCAGGGCUCUGGUCUGGCCCCUGUGGCCUCAGUCUCCGUGGAGCCGUGGCCUCCAGCUGCAUAAAGCGCUCCCCACUAACAGUUUAUGAGUGGAAAGCCAGGUGGCCAGAAAGCUCUCUUUGUUUGUGACUGCAUCUCCCUGGAAAAGCCGCCACAGCCCCACCCCGAGGACCCCGGUGUCCCCCCGCCCCGAGCACACCAACGCAGCAGGGCCCCAGACGGACUGCCUGGGUCUGGAGAGCAGCGCAGUGGCCUCUGAGGCAGAAAGCGGUGAGCCCUGGGGCAAUAGCCGCUGCAAGGUGCGUGUUCCAGCUGGAGAAGCCCAGGUGUUGCUGACAAAGCAGAGGCCGGAUCUGAGGACGAGGCUGUCCGCCCUUCGUGAACCUGUCACCUCCCUGCUGUCACCACAGCCCCGCCUCCCGAGGGGCUCAGAAAUGGAAACACCAGGAGGGGUCUGCCUGGAGUGGGGGGCGGGCACUUCCUGCCCGGCUGUGCCCUAGGGGGUCAGCAGCGUGCAUGGGAAGCCUCCCGAGGCUUUCGGUGACUCAGUUUCUCCCUAGGCUGCUGGGCGUCUGAGUGCCAGGCGUUGGCUCUCACUGGCCUCUCCCUUCCGCUCCCUUCGAGUGUUUGUCGGCAUCGCGGGCCCGUCAGGCAGCCCUAUAGCAGAUGUGCUCUGGGACUCAAGAUGGCAUCCAUUGGCAUCUAAUGCUCAGUUUUAAUCGUGGAAGUUUAAAGACUGUGGUGCCUGGCCCCGGCAACACCGCUGUCUUGCCUUCCACCUUAAGGUGACUUCCAUCAAGACGCCUUCAGCUGAGGGAGUGGGGUGAGGGGCUCAGGUCUUGUGUUCAGCACAUUCUGAUGCAUAAUUUCAUUUCAGUGAGGGGUUGGUUCAGGAUCUUUUCUGACUGUGGCCGCCUCCUUGCUAUUUUUUAAAAAGAUUUUAUUUAUUUAUUUUUUACAGAGAGGGAGAAACAUUAGUGUGCGUUGCCUCUCUCACAUCCCCUAAUGGGGUACCUGGCCCCGCAACCCAGGCAUGUGUCCUGACUGAGAAUCGAAUUGGCGACCCUUUGGUUCACAGACUUGUGCUCAGUCCACUGAGCUACACCAGCCAGGGCUAUUUUCUUAUCACUUUGACCAAAAGUACUUUGAGGCCUAAGUUUUUCAGCAUCCCUGGAUGCAAUUGAUUUGUGAAAUGUGGCUGAAACCCCCAACAAAUUGUUCAGGAAAUCACAGGGACCAAAAAAGGCAAGCCCUUCUAAAUGUGGUAGUGUUGAACUAGCUGCCACUUUAUUUUAAAGCAGCAUUCAGAGCUUGGCCACCUUACCCAUCCCUUUGAUGAAGAAGGGAGCUGGUCGCACAGGUCAUGGGCAGAGCCCGCUUUCCCAGCCCUCACGGAGACUGGACGGGCCGAUGUCCUGCGGGAGGGCCUCUGGCUUCCAGGCUUGGGCCACCCGGUGCUCCCCAGAGCCGCCAGGGGCAUGUCAGAAUUUACCCCCACACACGCUGCAUUGCUCUUAAGCCACCAAGAUACCUUGUUCCCGUCAGCACAGCCCAGAGAUCGACGGCAGAAUGCAAUACCUUCCUCCCGAACUCCCUGCACAGCCGCCAGGGAGGACCCACACCCAGGCCCCUCUGGAAGGACACACUUCCUGUCCUCCGUGGAGGCUGUCCUUUGCAGAUAAGCCCAAAGACAGCCGCUGCCGCCUUGUAGCAAAGCAGCUGUUAGCCUCGCGCCUUUGGUUUCUGUUAGGAGCCUGCAUUUUCAGCUUGCACCUGGUCCCGCGAGCCCCACGGCCUCCCGGGGAUGUGGUCCCUCCACAGGUAAAGCUGUACAGAGGGCUCUGGGGUGGCUGGAGGUGGUUGUGUUUUGUCUCCAGCCUGGUGCUUCGUGGCUCCCCUGCUGAGGUAGGUGGGGAAGUUGGGGGGAGCGUCCACAUGGCUGUGGGUCCUUUGCAUUAUGCCAGGUGAUUGGCUCGUGACCUUGUCUAACUAGCGCCUGCUGGCCAGACUGGAUGCUUGCUUGACCCAGCCGCCCAUAGACAUUUCUGAUGUGAAAUCGCACACUGACACGGCCUGGUGACCAGAAAGCCUCCAGGAAGACCCGGCGAGCCUUCCUGGCCCACGGGAUGCGCCGGCAGCGUUGCCCCUCGGCUCCCGUGGGCUUGGCUGUCGUGACGGCCGCGGCGUCCUUGUUUCUGUUUGCACCGUUGGUUUGUAUGGUGAUGUUUGCUCAUUCCACUGUGUAUGUAAAUGGCGUUUUUUUAAUUUGUAAAAUCCUAUUUUUAUUUGAACGUUUGGAACUUGGACGUUCUCAUUAUAACCUUACCACGUCAGAGUAAAACGUCUUCAUCUG